CCUCCCCGCCGAGCCGCAGCCCCUCAAGCAGCCCCCCGCCCAGCCCUCCCUGCCCUGCCCUGCCCGGCCCGGCCCUGCCCGCCAGCUGCGCCGCAGUGGCCCCCGCGGCCGGGCGCCUGCUCAGUGCGGAACCUCGCGCGCUCCACCAUGGCGGCUGCGGCCGCGGGCAGCUCCGCUGGGUCUGCGUCCCCGGCGGUAGCCGAGCUCUGCCAGAACACGCCGGAGACCUUCCUGGAGGCCUCCAAGCUGUUGCUCACUUACGCCGACAACAUCCUCAGAAACCCUAAUGAUGAAAAAUAUAGAUCUAUCCGGAUCGGAAACACUGCUUUUUCUACUAGACUUUUGCCUGUUAGAGGAGCUGUUGAAUGUUUAUUUGAAAUGGGCUUUGAAGAGGGAGAAACACAUCUUAUCUUUCCUAAAAAAGCUUCAGUGGAACAGCUGCAAAAAAUUCGUGACUUGAUUGCCACAGAGAGAAGUAGCAGACUGGAUGGAUCAAAUAAGAGCCAGAAAGUGGAAUUACCUCAGCAAGCUCCAGUCAGCACUCAGCUUCCUACAACACAGUCUUCAAAUCCUAGUGGCUUAACCUGGAAUGUAGGGGACAGUGAAGCACAGUCAUCAAACCCAUUGUCUGCUCCAGUGGUUACCAGUGGUCCACUCGUUCUAAAAGUUCUUCAGUCCAAUCUUCAGCAUGUGCUGGUCUAUGAGAACCUUGCUCUCCAGGAGAAAGCGUUGGCUUGUAUUCCUGUGCAAGAACUAAAAAGGAGAGCAAAAGAAAAGUUGUCUCGAGCUAGAAAACUGGAUAGAGGUAUUAAUGUAAGUGAUGAAGAUUUUCUUUUGCUGGAGCUUUUACACUGGUUUAAGGAAGACUUUUUUCACUGGGUGAAUGACAUUCCGUGUACCAAGUGUGGUGGCCACACUAAGUCUAGAGGUGAAACACUGUUCCCCAAUGAUGAUGAGCUGAAGUGGGGUGCAAACAGAGUAGAGGAUCAUUACUGUGACACAUGCCAACUCAGCAAUCGGUUUCCAAGGUAUAAUAACCCUGAGAAGCUUUUGGAAACAAGAUGUGGACGGUGUGGCGAGUGGGCCAAUUGUUUUACUCUGUGCUGCCGGUCCUUAGGGUUUGAAGCUCGCUAUGUGUGGGAUUACACAGACCAUGUCUGGACAGAAGUCUAUUCUCCUGCUCAGCAGCGAUGGCUGCACUGUGAUGCAUGUGAAGAUGUCUGUGACAAACCACUACUUUAUGAAAUUGGAUGGGGAAAGAAGCUUUCCUAUGUCAUAGCAUUUUCUAAAGAUGAGGUGGUUGAUGUCACUUGGCGCUAUUCUUGUAAACAUGAAGAAGUAAUCUCCAGAAGAACUGAAGUUAAAGAGGAGAUACUUCGAGAAACUAUUAAUGGACUUAAUAAGCAGAGGCAAAUAUCUUUGUCAGAAAAUAGAAGAAAAGAACUUCUUCAGAGGAUCAUUGUGGAGCUUGUUGAAUUUAUAUCUCCCAAGACCCCUAAGCCUGGAGAACUUGGUGGAAGAACAUCAGGGUCUGUGGCUUGGAGAGUAGCCCGGGGUGAAAUGGGUCAAGAGAGCAAAGAAGCCGUGUUUAUUCCCUGUGAAAAUGAGAAGAUUUCUAAACAGCUCCGCCUUUGCUACAAUAUUGUGAAAGAUCAAUAUGUUCGGGUUUCAAAUAAUAAUCAAAUGAUUUCUGGAUGGGAGAAUGGUGUAUGGAAAAUGGACUCCAUAUUCCGAAAAGUUGAAACAGAUUGGAACAUGGUGUAUUUAGCUCGAAAGGAGGGAUCUUCUUUAGCUUUUAUUUCCUGGAAGUUUGAGUGUGGAUCAGUUGGCCUGAAAAUAGAUAGCAUUUCCAUUAGGACAAGCAGUCAAACCUUUCAGACCGGAAUAAUACAGUGGAAAUUGAAGUCUGAUGCAGUACAAGUUGAACCAAUAGGAGAUAAAACUCUUCGCUCUUAUGAUUUUUCUGGUGCCACUGAAGUUAUUUUGGAAGCAGAACUAAGCAGAGGCGAUGGUGUUGUUGCUUGGCAACACACCCAGCUGUUUAGACAAAGCUUAAGUGACCAUGAGGAAAACUGUCUGGAGAUAAUUAUAAAAUUCAGUGACCUUUGAAAACCUGAGCAUUAUAGAAAAGCUGGCAGUAAUCAAGGUCUUACGAUGUUCUAAAGUGAUCUGUCAGUUCAGCGCAUGCUUAUUUGGCAAUUUACAGUCCUCUGCUAGCGUAUUUCGUUUGUUUUUCAGUUUUUAAUCUAUCCAUCAUGUAAUCUUCAUGAAAAUGUAUCUUUGUACUGUGAACCAUAAUGAAACCAUAAAUUAAAAGUUCCCUUCCAUAUGUGA